AUGCUCAUGAAUGCGCGCAACAACAAGGAUUAUGUCAAUUACCUUACCUACAUCUUCAGCACCCCGCAGCUGAGCCAGACUCUGAAUCUCGCCGCACCUAGUCUCUUCCUCAUUCGCUAUGCUGCAGCUGUCAACCUCAAGAAUCACGUCAAAUUGUUCUAUAGCCAAAUCCCCAAGGAUCAGUUGGCUUACAUCAAAGCAGCCACACUCACCGUUCUUCGAGACCAGAAUUCGCAGCUGCGCAGUUUCGCCGGAACUGUAAUUACCGAGACGGUCCAACAGGGCGGUCUGCUGCAAUGGCCUGAGAUUCUGCAAGAGCUACUUACGCUUGUCAGUAAUACCGGCGGAAAUGUUGCUGGAGAGACCCAGGAAGGUGCGAUGAGCGCUCUGGCGAAGGUUUGUGAGGAUAACCGCAAACUUCUCGACAAGGAAUUUCAAGGCCAACGCCCUAUGACUGUCAUUGUGCCGAAACUGCUCGAGUUCGCCAGCCAUCCGAACCCCAAAAUCAGGGUGUUUGCGCUCAGUACACUGAAAUCGUUUAUUCCGCAAAAGUCGCAGGUCCUCUUUUCUGCGUUGGAUGUCUAUCUGCAGACCAUCUUUCAACUCGCUUCAGAUCCAGAUGUGCAAGUCAGACGCAUAGUAUGCCAAUCACUUGUACAACUCGUGGAUUCGAGACCAGACAUGCUCGCACCUCAUCUCGAGGGCUUGGUCAAUUAUAUACUCACCCAACAACAGUCGACAGAUCACCCGGAUCUUGCCUUGGAUGCCGCCGAGUUCUGGCUGAGUAUUGGGGAACAAGAUCAAUUGCGAGACCAGAUGGGGCCUUAUCUGGAAAAGAUCAUUCCUGUGCUUCUCGCGGGGAUGGUUUACGGUGAAGAGGACGCUUCCAGACUAGGCGGUGAAGAAAAUAAUGCCGACGUCGAGGACCGCGCGGAAGACAUCAAACCUCAAUUUGCGCAGACCAAGGCGGGAAGAGGCGUCGUUUCCGCUGAGAAGGAGGAGAGUCAGCCUGGAACGCCACAAGCAAAUGGGACAUCGCAACCUAAGAAGGAUCUGAGUGAUGGGGAAGUCGAGGACGAGGAUGAAGACGAAGACGAAUGGGAUGACGAGGAUCCUGAGAACGCGUGGAGUUUGCGCAAAUGCUCUGCCGCUGCGCUGGACGUUUUCGCAGUCAACUACCACUCGGCUGUCUUCAACAUCAUUCUGCCAUACCUUAAGGAAAAUCUUUCACACACCCUCUGGCCAAAGCGCGAAGCCGCAGUCCUCGCUCUCGGUGCCAUCGCAGACGGUUGCAUGGAUGUUGUCUCACCUCAUCUCCCAGAGCUCGUUCCGUUCCUCAUCUCUCUCUUGUCGGAUGAGGAACCUGUUGUUCGUCAAAUCACUUGUUGGUGUCUUGCGCGUUACUCCGAGUGGGCCGCUCGAUUGGAUUCCCAGGCUGAUAAACAACGCUAUUUUGAACCCAUGAUGGAGGGUCUCCUUCAGCGCAUGCUCGACCAGAAUAAGAAGGUCCAGGAAGCUGGGGCUAGUUCCUUCGCUUCUCUCGAGGAGAAAUCUGGCGACAAGUUGAAACCAUAUGUCGAACCUAUUUUACGGCAAUUUACAGAGUGCUUUCGGCGGUACAAGGACAAAAACAUGUACAUCCUCUACGACUGCCUGCAAACCCUCGCCGACAAUGUUGGUUCUCAGAUCGCCAAACCGGAACUUGUCGACCUGCUCAUGCCCGUAUUGAUCCAACGAUGGAACAAAAUUCAGGACGAUUCUCGCGAAAUGUUUCCCUUGCUCGGCUGUCUAGGAUAUAUCGCUAUGGCUUACGGCGACACCUUCGCGCAGUUUGCGCCUCCCAUCUUCGAUCGGUGCAUCAAACUUAUUUACGCGAACCUACAACAGCACAUGGCUUUCAUGAGUGGCCAGACGGUCGAUCAGCCAGACAAAGACUUCAUCGUGACGGCAUUGGAUCUUCUUAGUGCGAUUAUCCAAGCCAUUUCGCGGGAGAAGUCGGCGCCGCUGGUGCAGAACUCGCAACCGCAGUUCUUCGAGCUAUUGGGAUUCUGUAUGGAAGAUGCCACCACGGAUGUGCGUCAGUCCGCGUACGCGGUUUUGGGUGACUGCGCGAUCGCACUCUACCCCAGCCUAGACCCCUACCUGCCCAAACUCAUCCCUCUUCUGAUAAGUCAACUUGACCUCGAUAGCAUCCCGGAUAGCGAUUCCGAAAACGCCUUCAACGUCCUCGCGAACGUGUGUUGGAGCAUGGGCGAAAUCGCCGCAAGAGCACCGACCAGCAGAAUCUCGCCUCUGAUCGAACCACUCUAUCGCGGUCUGUUGUCGCUGAUUACGAAUGAAGAAGUCCCUGACGCUGCGAGCGAGAACGCCGCGACCACGUUGGGAAGACUCGGUCUACCAUGUCCGAUGGAUCUCGCGCCCUUCCUGUCCGAGUUCGCAGAGCCUUUCUUGCAGUCCAUGUCCAAGAUAAGCACAUCACAUGAAAAGGCUUCGGCUUUUAUGGGGUUCAACAACAUUUUGGAGAAGAACCCUCAAGCCAUGGAAUCCAGUCUGGCCUUGUACUUCUCCGCGAUCGCACAGUUCCCGCUCAAAGGCCGCCAGGGACAGGAAUACAGCGAUGUCCGCGCCAGUUUCGCCCGUGUCAUCAACGGCCUAGCCGGCUUGAUCGGACAGGAGAGGUUCGAGGGCUUCAUUGCCGGGCUGCCCGUGCCGGUUCGGGCAAAAUUGAGGGAUGGCUAUGGUGUUGGUUCCGGAUGA